ACAGAACACUGUUUGCUCAGUAAUCUCUGGCUCAACCUGUCUGAUAGGUGUGGGCUGGCUGGCACUGACUUGCUCAGGUAUGAAGACAAGUCGAGUGCAGUUCUGAAAGAAGAGGGAAACUACAGGCACUGAAUUUUCUCACAUAAAUAAGGAGGAGAACUCACGCAGACAUACACCUGUAUGCAGGACAGUGAAAGAGGAAACCCUUGGAACGAGGAGAGGAGAAUACUGCAGGAUGUGAAAUAACCCCGGAGGAGAUUCUUAUACUGCGGUUCGACCAAUGGGUCUGGGAUUCCAAUGUGGCAUUUCAGGCUCUGGGAUGUUCAAGAUGUUGCUGUGUUUCUCAGCAUCGCAUUAUAUAUGUGUCACCUUGCCGGAGCCAUCUCCAUCCACUCCCCCCAGAGGAGCCUCACCAGGUUGGUGCAGGAGGAUGUGUUUUUCUCAGUGGAUGUGAACUGCAGCGGGAACCACACCAUACAAUGGACCUUUAUGUCAGGGGUGGUGAGCCGCACCAUAGGGACUUGGCAGCCGGGGGGGUUCCCCAACAUAACGGUGGAUUACAGCAGCAGAGUGCAGCCCUACAACAAUGGCUCCAUGGGCCUGUCAGACCUGCGGCUGCAGGACGGUGGAUACUACGUCAUCACUGUCACAGACGAGACGGGAAACAGUAAGGACGCUGGUCAUGUCCUGAAAGUGAACGAGGUGCUGUACGAGGAUCUCCAGUACCUGUCUGUCUCUGCCUUAGCACUGGCCUGUAUCGCCGGCCUGCUCAUGCUGGCCAUGUGGCUACUAGACAAGGUGUACAGGAAGAUAGUGGCAUGGAGACGCAGGAAACAGAUGCCAGAAAAUGAUGCAACAGAGCUGCAGCCGCUAUAAUGGACGUCUGGUAGCCACAACAUGACAACACAGCAGAGACUGAUCAUCACUUACCAAUGCUGCAAUAAGGACUAUUUUAAGGUCUAUUUUUAGGUAAAACAACAGUCUUUAAGUUCAAAAAGUUACUUACAGCCAGGAAGAUUGCUCGCCAAUGGUGUAAAAACUUGUCCUGUUUACAUUUUGUAUUGAAUACAUUUGGUUUUCUCACUGCUGAUGACUUUGGAUUGAAUGUAAAUAUAAUCACUGAUGAGAAUGGAGAACAAUACAUACUGUAUUUAUUAUCUAAGCAAAUGAAUUGUGUGACUUUCUUUACAACUAUCUUCCAAACUUGAGUCUUGAAUGUUGAGGGCAGCUGGGGCUCCAGUGUUAGAGCAGGUCGUCCGCUGAUCGGAGGGGUCCGUAGUUUGAUUCCUCCUACUGCAUGUUGAAGUGUCUGUGGGCAAGAUACUGAACUGAAGAUGUCUGAGUGGAUGUUUGAAUAACUGAGCUCAUAAAUAUUGAGGGGUGGUCCUGACGAGCAGAUCGGCACCAUGUACAGUCUGAAUGGGUGAAUGUGGGAAGUGUUGUAAAGCAUUUUGAUUGGUCGG